UCGGGUUUCGGUUACAACGGAGGUCGCUCACGGUGCCACGAGGUGUUCAUCUCGUUCAUGGAGUGCUACGCUGGCGCCGACGAGACCAAGCAGUGCAUCGCGCAGAAGGAGGACUACCUGGAAUGCCUGCACCGCACGAAGGAGGUCAACCGCGCAAAGGAGAUCAAGGCGCACUUCGCCCAGUCGCAGGCUGCGCACGGCGCUGACGCCCGCAAGGCCGCCGAAAAGGCGGCGUCAGGAGUCAUUGCCAACCUCGGACUUGUGCAUGAGUCCUCGUAG